UUCUGGUUGGUAUAAAAUAUAAAUAGCAAACCAACCCCUUUGUUUUCUUUUGAAGAAAUCUGGGCAUCCGAACCUUCAUUUUCGUUUUUGAAGCUCCGCCUUCUUGGCUCUUGUUUUUUAUCCAAUUCACUGACCCGACUCCCUUACAACCCGAACCCGACUUCCAACUCAAAAAUGGGCUGCGUGAGCGCGAAGCAGGCGGUGUCCGUCACACCAGCGUUGGACCAUUCCGGAGCGUUCAACACGGGUCGGAUUCGGGUCGGCGUGGACCAGCACCCAAGUUUCAAGAAGAAUGGGGAUCGCCGUCACCAUCAUGAGAUGGUGGUGAGUUGCGGAGGGAGCGAGUUGGGUGAGUCAGGAAGAGCUCCAAGUUCAAAUGGCGAGUCGUUGAGCUUUAGAUUGAGGAAUUUGCACAAGUACAUUGAAGGUGAGCAGGUGGCAGCAGGUUGGCCGGCCUGGCUAAGUGCCGUCGCUGGCGAAGCCAUUCACGGUUGGGUCCCUCUGAAUGCUGAUGGUUUUGAGAAAUUGGACAAGAUAGGACAGGGUACAUAUAGCAGUGUGUUCCGGGCACGUGAGACUGAAACUGGGAGGAUCGUUGCUCUGAAGAAGGUUCGGUUCGACAAUUUUGAGCCUGAGAGUGUCCGAUUUAUGGCCAGAGAGAUAUUGAUUCUUCGUAGACUCGACCACCCCAAUAUCAUGAAAUUGGACGGAUUAAUCACUUCGCGAUUGUCAUGUAGCUUAUACCUUGUCUUUGAGUACAUGGAGCAUGAUAUCACUGGACUCCUGUCAUGCCCUGAUGUCAGGUUCAGUGAGUCACAGAUUAAGUGCUACAUGAGGCAAUUAUUAUCAGGACUUGAUCACUGUCACUCAAAGGGUGUAAUGCAUCGGGACAUCAAAGGGUCAAAUCUUCUCGUAAACAAUGAAGGAAUACUCAAGGUAGGAGAUUUUGGAUUGGCAAACUUCUGUACUUCCGGGCACAGACAACCUUUAACCAGUCGUGUAGUGACUCUGUGGUACCGUCCUCCUGAACUUUUGUUGGGUUCUACCGAUUAUGGAGCAUCUGUGGAUCUCUGGAGUGUAGGCUGUGUAUUUGCAGAACUUCUUCUUGGAAAACCUAUCCUUCAAGGGAGAACAGAGGUUGAACAGUUACACAAAAUUUUCAAGCUCUGUGGAUCCCCGCCUGAUGAAUACUGGAAAAAGUCUAAACUUCCUCAUGCAACUUUAUUCAAACCACAACAACCUUAUGACAGUUGUCUUCGUGAGACCUUUAAAGAUUUGCCAACAACUGCUGUGAACCUGAUUGAAACUCUUCUCUCUGUAGAGCCUUACAACCGUGGGACUGCUUUUUCUGCUCUUGCAUCUGAGUAUUUCAGCACAAAACCUUAUGCGUGUGAUCCAUCAAGCUUGCCAAAAUACCCACCUAGCAAAGAGAUUGAUGCAAAAAAACACGAGGAGGCAGGGAGGAAAAAGAUCAGUGGGAGAGGUCGUGGCACUGAAACAAGAAAGUGUACAAGAAAACCAUACGGAAUCAGUAAAUUGGCACCAGCAGAGGAUCUAGCAGCUAGAAUACAAUGCGGUCAAAUCAAUACCAGUAAUAUGCGCAUUCCAAAGGUAAGAGAUGGCAAGUCCGGUGGAGAGGCACGGAAGCCAUCACUUGAUAAAUUGGAAGAGAUUUUCCACAUAAAGAAUGCAUCCCAAGGAGACAUUCCCUUUUCUGGCCCAUUACAAGUUUCUAGUUCAAGUGGUUUUGCUUGGGCAAAAAGACGAAAUGGCGAUGCAUCCAUAAGAUCCCACAGUAGGUCUAUUUCAAGAGGUCAUUCUAAUAAUGGAUUAGAACCCUCCUCUGAAGAGAAAAAUAAUUCUGACUCAAAACAGCAUAAUAAUGGGGAUCUCAUAUAUGGAGUUCGUACCAAUUCUAGAGGUCAUAAUUCAUAUGAGAUUUCUAAGUUCGCAUUGCAGAAACAAUGGAGUCAGUUUGAACGUCCAGAUUCUUUUGAUGCUUCUGAGGAGUACCAUUCUCAAGAGCUAUCAUUGGCACUUUAUCAAAGAGAAGGAAUGGAAUCCAAGAGAAGUAAUUUGGUUUUUCAAGAUCAAAUGGACAAGGUUGACUUUUCUGGACCCCUGUUAUCUCAAUCACACAGAGUGGAUGAACUCUUAGAAAGACACGAGCGCCACAUUCGCCAGGCAGUCCGAAAAUCAUGGUUUCAUAGAGUUAUAGGUAAGAAGCAUGGAAAGUGAUCAUUAUUAUGAAUGCCCGGCGAAGCCGAAGUCCUUUUUAUAUGAUGGAUGGGUUUCUCUCCAAGCAAAACUUGAGAAACCUUGUACAAGAGGCCACUUAUCAGGAAUCCCACCCUCAAGGAGACAAGUUUAAACUGAACCGUUGUACCCAACAAUGACCACCAUUGAACCAUCAGCUGAAUGGAAAGUCCCGCAUAAGAAUGGCGAGGAAUGGAAAUCUGGAAGCUAAAUGUUGAUUGCUUUCCUGUAUAUCCAAAAAAGAGGAGGAAAUGGGGAUUAAAGAGAGGUACAUAAUGGUGGUUUGCUCUCUUCUUUUUCCCCUAUUCCUUUUGUAUGUUAAAUUAUCACCUUUCUUUAUUUUAUUUCAUCUUUAGUCUGUUUUGUCAGCCCUUUUCUUUUUCCUUUCCUUUUAUUAUGAUUUGACCUAUCCUGCCAAUGUUAAAAGUGUAAUGAUUAGUGAUCCCGAGAUUAAUUUAUGUAAAUGCGCAGAGUUUUCAGGUUUGCAGCA